GUUAUCUUUGCUGGCUUUAGUGCGGAGUCUUUGGCUGGGAGGAUCAAUGAUGGUGAGCAUCUAAAUGCAAGGUGGUCAUCACCUUCAACCAAGGACUGCGGGGCGGCCGUGUAGUGGAGCUGAAGAAGAUUGUGGACCAGGCUGUGAGGCUCUGCCCGACUGUCAAGUGUGUCCUGGUGGCCCACAGGACGGACAACAAGGUGCACAUGGGGGAUCUGGAUGUCCCCCUUGAACAGGAAAUGGGCAAGGAGGAACCUGUGUGCGACCCGGAGAGCAUGGGCAGUGAGGACAUGCUCUUCAUGCUGUACACCUCAGGGAGCACUGGAACGCCCAAGGGGCUGGUGCAUACCCAGGCGGGCUACCUGUUGUAUGCUGCUGUCACGCACAAGCUCGUGUUUGACCACCAGCCAGGUGAUGUCUUUGGCUGUGUAGCCGACAUUGGCUGGAUCACAGGACACAGCUACGUGGUGUACGGGCCCCUCUGCAAUGGAGCUACCAGCGUCCUUUUUGAGAGUACCCCAGUGUACCCUGAUGCAGGUCGGUACUGGGAGACAGUGCAGAGAUUGAGGAUCAAUCAGUUCUAUGGUGCCCCAACGGCCGUACGGCUCUUGCUCAAGUACGGCGACUCCUGGGUGAAGAAGUACGACCGCUCCUCCCUGCGGACGCUGGGGUCAGUGGGAGAGCCCAUCAACCACGAAGCCUGGGAGUGGCUGCAUAAGGUGGUGGGGGACAGCAGGUGCACGGUGGUGGACACCUGGUGGCAGACAGAAACAGGUGGCAUCUGCAUCGCACCGAGGCCCUCAGAGGAAGGGGCAGAAAUCCUCCCUGGCAUGGCGAUGAGGCCCUUCUUUGGCAUCAUCCCCGUCCUCAUGGACGAGAAGGGAAACAUUGUGGAGGGUGGCAACGUCUCUGGAGCCCUGUGCCUUUCCCAGGCCUGGCCGGGCAUGGCCAGGACCAUCUAUGGCGACCAUCAACGAUUUGUGAAUGCCUAUUUCAAGGCCUAUCCCGGCUAUUACUUUACUGGAGACGGAGCUCACCGAACCAAGGGCGGCUACUACCAGAUCACAGGGCGGAUGGACGAUGUCAUCAAUAUCAGUGGCCACCGGCUGGGGACUGCAGAGAUCGAGGACGCCAUGGCUGACCACCCCGCAGUGCCGGAGAGUGCAGUCAUUGGCUACCCCCAUGACAUCAAGGGAGAAGCCGCCUUUGCCUUCAUCGUGCUGAAGGACAAUGCCGGUGACGCAGAUGUGGUGGUGAAGGAGCUCAAGGCAGCAGUGGCCUCCAAGAUUGCCAAAUACGCCGUGCCCAAUGAGAUCCUGGUGGUAAAACGUCUUCCAAAAACCCGGUCUGGAAAAGUCAUGCGGAGGCUCCUGAGGAAGAUAAUCCUGGGUGGGGAUCUGGGGGACACCACCACCCUGGAGGACCCCAGCAUCAUCACCGAGAUCCUGAGUGCCUACCAGAAGCACAGGGGCAAGCAGGCUGCUUCCAAGUGA